AUGUCCUCUUUCGCCCGCUUCCAGCGCACAUUCCAACGUUUCCGACCCCCACCCCUCAUCCCCACCGCCGUCCGCACCAUCCAAAUCCUCGCUACGCUUCACCUCGUAUCAAGCACGCUGGCCGAGCUCCGGAUAUGCUCUGGCUUCUCCAUGCUCCCCACUUUGUCCCAACACGGCGAUUGUGUCCUAGUCUCCCCCCUUUCCUACUGGUCCCUCCUGUCCGAAUCUCACAAAAAGACAAGACCACAGAGGGGCGAUGUGGUGGUUGCGACAUCGCCAAUGAACCCGAGUCAGGCGGUGUGCAAGCGCGUGCUGGGGGUAGAGGGCGACCUGAUAGAGAUUGAGCCGAGGAGGGGUGGGCAGAGAAAGUGGAUUGAUGCAGGAGGGCACGGGUUUUUGGUGGAUAUACCGGAUGAAGAGGCGGCGAUGGACAAUGUGCUCGUGCCCCAGCGACAUGGAGAAGGCCAGUGGGUCAAGGUGCCGAAGGGGCACGUCUGGCUCGUUGGUGACAACUUGAGCAACUCGACAGACUCUAGAAAGUAUGGGCCAGUACCAAUUGCGAUGGUGAAAGGGAAGGUGCUUGCAAGAGUAAGUUCCGCGUGGGCCGUUGAUGCUCUGGCUUGA